AUGUCUCCAAUCAAGGAAUCCUUGUCAAGCUCCGCGAAGGAGUCUGCGUCCGCACCCACCGUUGUCCGCCGCAGCAAAACCAUGCCCAUCGACAGCCCAACCGCCAAAUUCCUCUACACCAUCAUCAAGCAGCUCGACCUCAAGGGCAUCGACUGGAGCCUCGUCGCCUCCCAGCUCGACAUCUCCAACGGCCACGCCGCCCGCAUGCGCUACCACCGCUUCCGCAACCAGAUGGAAGGCUACCAGCCCCAGCAACGAAAGCGCGCCGCAAACGCGAACACGAACAAGUCCUCCUCCAAGACCGCGGCCUCCUGCAAAUCAGGCCUACAAAAAGCCAUGCGCUCCCCCUCACCCACACUCAUGCCGGCGAUAAAACCCGAGCCGUCCGAAGAGAAGCACAACGUCUGCGACCAAAAGAUCCCGCCCUAUAUCAAGACUGAGCAGGAGUCGUCUAGCUCAGGCUACGCGCAUAUCCCAAUCCCCCGUCUCGCUGAUAUCCCGCAGUACUACCCGCCCACGCCGCACUCGUCUGCGUACUUGCCGUCCAUGGCUGCGCGUUAUCAUUAUUCGAUGUCGUUGGCUCCGGAGCCGAGGAUUUCCCCGCCUGCGUAUACGGCUACGCCUGCUUACCCGCCUGUUCCUGCGUACGAGACUGGGUAUCGGUCGUCGGUUGCUUGGGGGCCUAUCAAGAAUGAGCCGAAGGAUAUGUCUGAGGAGAAGAAGGACUUGGAUAUGGGAGACGUUCAGGUUAAGGAAGAGGUGGUGGAUGAGUCGAAGCCUCGGAAAGAAUAG